AAUUAGCCGGCAGAACCCUAUUCGCGGAACCAUUGAGCGGGGUACUCUCUUCCAGCCGGACGGGUUUGAUGAAUGCACCACAUUACAGAGGCAACAUUUAAAAUGGCAGUUACCCUCCACACAGACCUGGGAGACAUUAAGAUCGAGUUGUUCUGUGAGCGCGCUCCCAAAUCCUGUGAGGUGUCAUCCCUGAGGGGAAAAGUGGCCUUAAUAACGGGAGCCAGCUCGGGGAUCGGAGCAGGUACGAGCGUCCUGUUCGCUAAACUCGGAGCUCUGCUGGCUCUGAACGGCCGAGACGAGCAAAACCUCCAGAAAAUAGCCAAGCAGUGCACCGAAUGUGGGGCUGUUGAGCCUCUGCUUGUUCCUGGAGACCUGACAGAUGAAGACACAGUGAGGAAGACUGUGGAGCAAACCAUUGCCCACUUUGGCCGGCUGGAUGUCCUGGUUAACAGCGCAGGCAUCCUGGCAAUGGGCAGCAUCGAGACCACUGACAUGGCUCAGUAUGACAAGGUCAUGAAUGUUAACGUCAGAUCUGUCUACCACUUGACUCAACUCUGUGUACCCCACCUGAUUAAGACCAAAGGCUCCAUCGUCAAUAUUUCCAGUGUGAAUGGACAGAGAUCAUUUCCUGGUGUUUUGGCUUACUGCAUGUCCAAGUCCGCCAUUGACCAGUUUACGCGUUGUAUAGCUCUUGAGCUGGCAGCGAAGCAAGUGAGAGUAAACUCUGUCUGUCCUGGAGUGAUCAUCACAGAAGUCCACCGGAGAGCUGGGCUAGAUGAGGAGCAGUAUGCCCAGUUUCUUGCAAAGUGCAAACAGACCCACGCCCUCGGUCGGCCAGGUGAGGUGGAAGAGGUGGCGCACAGCAUCGCCUUCCUGGCAUCUGACGCUGCCAGCUUCAUCACCGGGGUGAAUCUACCAGUCGAUGGGGGUCGUCAUGCCAUGUGCCCAAGAUGAGACAUGUUAACAUGCAAAAGCCUGAGAAUAAGAGUAUUUUAAAACCAA